UGGGAAAAUCUUUCACAAGCCCAACACUAUUUUAGCUCCCGUCCAUUAAAUAGCUUGACACCUGCAACGCCUUUGUCCUCGAAAUUCUUCUUCAACAUAUAUUGGUGAACAGCGUUGCAGAGGCGCGCUCAGCCUUCCCCUGGGACAGCUCUCGUGCUUUGCACGCAGCGGAUCGGCGACCCUCGGCCACUCAGAACACGAAUUCGCUAUCCGUGUGAUCGAAGAUUCCACCAAGAACUUGCGCCUCCUUUGUCAGAUUUACGGAGGUCUUGUGAAAUCGGACUUUCACACGUGCUUGCUUCGCCGCUGCAACAGCUCAAAUCUCCCCAAAGCGCGCCACCCCACUACAUACUCCACAUUCAACUCCACUUGAAGCAAGCAAGCAAGCUUCUCGAAAAAUCAUCGAACUGCAUCACAUCAAGUUCAAACCCCACAAUGUCGCCAAACUUGUUUCUGGCUACCCAGAAGCUUUUCUCUCCUCACAAAUGGUUUCGGGAUACCAAGUCGCAGGAACGAUCCGUCAGGAAGACCGAGCACUGGGCCGAACCCACACCAGGGCUUUAUGAAUAUAUCCCUGGUCGAGGCUGGUACUUGAUCGCAAAUUUAAAGGAGGCUCCUCAUGAUCUUCCUGAGACAACUGCCGAGGGAGGACCAGUACAAGCACCCCAGGAACCGCCGAAGGAGUACGAGAAGCUCGCCCGUCCCAUUUCUGCCCACUGGUCACGUGUUUUGAAGCGGUACAUGUUGGAGGGCGACUACAAAGCUCGCAAGAAAUAUGGCACCAUCCAGAACGAAGGCGGCAGGAACGUCGAAGUUGGCUUCUUCCGCCUCGAUGACGGCGUAGCAUGGGUCCAGUGCUGGGAUCAGGAGGGCACAUUCAUCCCCGGUCCCUACAAGUUGUGGUGCAUCAGCCAACGCACAGGCCAAUUCCGACCGAUGCUGAAGGGUGACGAUCCGAAGUUCGCCGGCUCACGCAACAACUCGCGCAGCAACUCUCGUAACCCAUCCUUCGAGCGCGAUGCCGACAGCCGAAGCCAGGAAUCGCGCAGCACAGAGUUCUACGUCUCGUCACAGGCGGGCAGCAACAGAGACGGUCCUAGUGUGCCUAGCACUCGACCAAAUAGCAUCCGCAUGACGCCUUCACACUCGACAUCGACUACGCACAGCCAGCCUGCUUCGCGCCGUUCUAGUCCAAGGCGCAAUGGCAGCAUCGAGUAUGAAAAGGAUAAGGCUGCUAUGCGGCAGAUGGCGAGGGAUCACAGAGAGGCUCUUGCCGCUGCUGCGAAUAAGUCGAGGGCCGAUUCGAAGACGGCGGUUGAGCAGAUCGAGCGUGGGCGCUCGGAUGCUACGAAGGAGGUUACCUCUAACUAAAAGUGUGUUUGACUGGCGUUAUGGGCAUCGAGUCGCUGCUUGCGUCUUGCCAACGGUGUGGCUCUUACGAAUCUUCUUUUUCUACGGCCGACAUCAGUCUAUGGGCAUUGCAUGUUGU